UAAAGAUGGGUAGGGUAGAGACAGUUUGCUGCAUUCAUAUGAACAUUUAUAUAUUGUCAUAUGUAAAUCAGUGGGUUUCUUAGUAUUUGUUUUCCGCACAGUGCAGAUGUUGUAGAAACGGAUGGUCCUCAUUAAUGUAGGAGGCGAUGCUGUGACUGGGGCCAGCCUGAUAGCUCAGCAAGCAUGCGUCCACUGGCUUUGUUAUUGCAUACUUGAGCUCCAGCAGCAGGCUACACCCAACCCCAGACAUUAAUAACACCACCCUGCGUCACGGACGCUCACUAUUCAAAUGUCAGGGAGGCCAUCAGGGUAAUUGUAAUUGUGUCUCUGUUUAAGGCAUUCAAGUUAACAAAAGUUAAUCUUGACUUUACCUUUUUCAUCUUUAAAAUUAGCAGACUUAAAUUUAGUUUUUUUUAUACUGGUGGAUGCAGUCUGUUUCUGCCUGAGUUGCUCUUCCUCUUUCUCUGUGCAUGGGACCCAGACCCCUGCCAGAGAGUUGUGUUUUUUGGCGGACAGCAAAGGAAUGACGUCGACAGGCGUGGCAAUAACAAUGAGAACACUGAAUCCAGACUUGGGGAGUAAAAAAAUAAAUAAAUAAUUGAAAUAAAACAAAAAUGCAGGACCUGUCAAUAAAAAUAUAGAAUAUGUUUACUGACAACCCUCACACCUGAGGCGGUUGAGUUGAAAGUGACUUGAAGUGAAACAAAGAGAGCCACAGGCAGCGGGGUUUCCUGUGAGUCGGACAGUGCGCAGAGAUGUGAGCAGUACAGUACAUAGGAAAUGACUCAUAGGAGUUGGAACUGUUUAGCGUGGGUGUGUGCGCUCUUAAAACAAGGCGCAGACUCCUCCGUAUGACUCACUCUGAUGCUCGCUUUUCCAUGCUGAAAACCAGCACGGAUUGUUAAUCAGAUGAACUUUCGGGAAUUGUGUAGCUGACAGCAAGCAGCUUUUCACACGCAGGCACCAUGGCUUCCACCGCUUUUUGCGCACUGUGCGGACUUGUUGUAGCGACCGUAGCCACUUUCCACGGUGUGAGCGCACAGAAGAGUCAGUGUGGCAUCUCAGAGUUUUGGAACUCAGACCUGCAUGUUUGUGUGCCGUGCGCAUCCUGCAAGCAAUACCCAAAGACUCCGUCAUGCAACACAUGUAAAUAUGUGGAGGAAACACCUGAUGUGUGGAAACUGGCGGCUAUCACCAGUUUCUCAGUGCUGGCUGUCGUGCUGGUCGGUGCGGCGCUGAUCAUCGGGGUCAUGGUGCAUCGACGUAAAUCACACAAACGGCCUCUACGUGAACCCAUUGAAGAGACGGCGGGGCCACUUUAUCAAGCUUAAACACCUGACCUCAUCUUCCUCUGGAAACUGAUGUGACGGGAGCCAGGAGCCACGUGGAGGAACCUCUGGACGAUGAACUGUAUACCUUGACCAUAGGGUGUACCUUGGCCAGAUUGGACGACUUUAAUUUAUUAGACUGUUAGGUGUAGGGAUAUGCUCAGUUCUCAAGCUCAAUGUAGGUCCACUGGUGACCACAGGACAAAGAGCAGUGGUCACACCUUUUGUAGCAAUAUUAACAACAUUAUAGAUACUCGUGGUCUCCUCUUCAGGAUUUGUGCCUUUUUUAUAUCCAGUUUAAUUUCAGAUUGUGAUCUGAAGAGCCUUUGUGGGUUUCCAGAUGUCUGAUUCUGAUACUACAGUCCGUGCUCAUGUGCUGUGCUGUUUCCCAGCAGGACUCCGGUGAAUGUAACACGGCUACGGCAGCAGUUUGAUGGUGUCUAUCUGCUGGUUGUGUAACCCAACAGCAGCCUCGAAGAGUACAUGUAAAACAUACUGUUUGGCACAUCAAGGCCAUUUGAAUGUAGCUACUUUGAAAUGAAAUAUCUUCUUCGUCCCUGCCAGUACGUCCAUGUACCUGUUCUUUUAGCAGCCUGAUGCAGCGAUAAAAGCUGUCGAUUUGAGGGAACAAACUGUACUCAUGCACUGUUACUGCGUCUCCUGAGACCAACACAGAUCCUGUAAUUUCAGGUCGUUCCAUUAGUGUCACGUUUGUUUUAAUGUUGCUUUGUUUUAGAAGAGGUGAGGUUCUGCCGAUUACAGCCCCAGAAUUCACAUCACUAUCCCACUGCUUGUAGGGUGGGAUGCUGGAAACACUAGACACAAGAUUUUAAACUGCUAACAUGUGGGAAUGCUGGGAGGAAUGUUCUGUUAGUGUGGAAAAUGACCUACGGUGUUUUUGUUGGAGCUUCACCACCGCAGCUCUAGCUGACCUUGACCUGUAAAAUCCUUUCAGAUCAGCAACGAGGAGAAAAAAAGAAAAAACAUGUUUGAAAUUGUAUGUAAUUCUAUAGCAACCGGGAGCAGCAACAACCAUGUUGGACAGGAUUGUUGUCGUUUUCCACUUUUUUUUUUUUUUUGAAAAAUAUAUUUUCUAUGAAUCAUCAAGCAGUAAAUGGUUUUUUUAAAACCCUCGUGAUACUUUGUCAUCGACAAUGUUUCAGGUCUUUUAUUGAUCUGUCUGCUUGUGGGUUUGCUGUCUGGAAACAAUAUGAGGGAAUCAUUUCACAUACAGAUCCUGUUUUUUUUUUUAAAAAGAUGUUUAUAUUAUUUAUUUUUUAGUGUCUUGCAGUGUUGCAAUGCAUCACCUGUGACGAUACAAGCACAUUUUUAAAGGGACUUUAGUGAAGAUUCGUGUGAAGCUUCCACCAGGCCAGCCAUCAAUGUUAACAUUUUCUGCAUCCUUUUUCCUGCUUUCUUUUUAUUUCAUAUACUGUACAUGCACUGGCUUAUUUUACUUUCUUCAAACUUAUAAACUGCUUUGUGUAGCAAAUGUAUUUUCACAAUAAAACUGACAACUUUCA